ACCAGAAUGCUGAGGUUGUAAACAAUGAUGGGUUGCGGCGCCCACUGAGAUUACCAUUUCAAUGAGUCUUCAUUCUGUUUUAUAUUGUUAAUUUGUUUCCCAUUAGCUGAUUUCUUGAAAGGUGCUUCCUGCAGGAAGGAUCUAGGCAAGUAGAAUCAUGUCACAGUCCGUGAAAGAUUUACUGGCAGUGUUAGAGAGCAAAAACUGCAGGCAGGAGGACAAGUGCUCUACAUACGUAGACUUGGCAAGUAAAGUUCACAAAGACAAUGUAGAGCUAAACAUUUCUGAACUUCGUGCUCAUAGCCCUCGGCUAUUGAAAGUCUCGGCCAGAGAUUUAUCAAAUGAGGAUGAGGUCACUGUGAAAAAUGUAUUGGAGGUUUUGGCUUUCUAUCUGCAAGAUGAACAGAUUGGAAGCCUUCAGAAGACGGAUAGUUCCUCCAUUCUCCAUGCAUUACUGAAGUGCAUGAAACGCACCAAGUCUACAGAUGUGAUGAAGCAGAGCCUGUUCUGUCUGGCUGUUCAAAAAUUCCACAUUGAUGUUGUUCGGUCAGAAUUUUCUGCUGUGCUUGAACAUGUGGAAGAAGCUGCCAGCAAGUUGAAGGCCCAGUCUUUGUUAAACUCUGAAGAGCUAACCAAUGUAUUCAUAAAGCUUGAUGAUCAGUGCAAGAGCGGAAUGACCUCGGCUGUGUUCAGAUGGGGUCGGCUUGUUUUUCCCGGUCUGGCCUCUACGUCCGCUUCUGUCCAAGAUAAAUCUUUGCAGCUUCUGCAAAAGUAUGCUCAUGAGCUCAAGGCUUCUGCUGAAAUGAGAAAAUAUGUCAUCAAAGCCAUUACCUCUGGAUUAGCCAAUUCCCUGAAGUGCUUGGUGGUCAAAUGUGAGGAACAUGUCCUCAGGGCCUGGACUCUUAUCGUAAUUGUUGCAGGAAAGGAGCUCCACAAAGGACCAAGCAUCAAUUUGUUGCUGGAGAUCAUAGAGAUUGGCUUUAAAGGAUCCCCUCAAGCUAGAUGCCUGGCAUUUGUUGCUUGGAAGACUUUGGUGGAUAAUUUUGCUCUGGAUCAAGCAAUAAUCUCAGAUCCAAAACGCAUCAAGCUCAUUAUGAUGGUCCUGAAAGUUGACAAUGCCAAGACAGAAGCCAUUGCCUUGGAGAAGUUGCAGACGUGGUGGCAUUUUGUCACAUCAGUGGGACCGAAACUCUCCGCCAACUUUGAACAGAUCAUAGUACCAUUACUUCAGUUCUGUGUUGGCAGUGGAAAGUUUUCUUCGAGCGGUUUGACACAGUCUCCUCUGUUAGCCCUGAAGUCACCGAUGCACAAGUUGCCUUUGAGCCUCGGGUCAGGAAAGUCCAUCAAUCCGCAGCUGCCAGUGUUUCCAGCUCUGCAAAUCCUUGGCAUGGAAGUCGUUGCUCGCAUUUUGGCAAAAUCUGGAAAGCAGGACGCAGGAGGGAAAGUCACUUGGAGUCUGGCUAAAAUUCCUCAAGAAGUGUUGGCUGGGUCCAAUUCCUUUGUGAAGCAUGCUCCCAACUUGCUAUUUACGACUCAAGAGCUCUUGAGAAAUGUCGGACAUGAUGUGGAAGGGGCCUUGAUUGUGUACGUUUGGACAAAUUUUGUAAAUCACUUGAGAACUGCCAUGGAAAGCCCCGCCAAGAUAGACUGCAGGGAUGUAUACAGCUCUUUCCUGUCUGUGUUGCAUACUGUGGUGCAGAAUCAAAUGCUGGAUGGAGCAAUGCUUGUGAAAUUGAUUGAGAUUAGCAGCAGUUUCCCCCAGAAGGUUUUGGCUUCCACAGCGUACAACAUUACUGGAGGACAGACUGUGAGGAAUUGUACUUCCUCUUCGCAGGCGUGCCCGGCGCUGUUGCUGAGCGAGAUGCUGCUGACGCCUUGUGUCAUGUCAGGGGCCUCUGUCAAUGACAGUUACGUCAAGCUGUUCUCGUCCCUGAUUGGUGCUGGGGCCAGCAACGUCCAGGGUGCGCUGCUCUUCCUGCAGUCUGUGACCGGGCUACUGGGCACCCAGGCUGGACUCUGUCAUUCUGCCGAGGCUCUGUGGAGGAUGUGGAGUGUGAUUGCUCACACCUUGCAGGACAAUGUCAAUGUGACAAAUGAAGUCAACCAAGGUGACUCUCUGGAGUAUAACUUCGACUGCGUCAAUGCUGUCCUCUUGUUCCCAGUGAAGAACCAACUCCCAAGUAAACUGUCACAGACGGUGUGCAAAGCUCUGUUGAAACUGUGGAAGGAAAUAUACCACAGUUUUGCCCGAUUGUCGGCCCUCGUUGCAACAGCAGAAGCCAACACAUGCUUGGAAGAGUUUUGUGGCAAGCUUUUGCAAACAUGGCUACCAGAAUUCAAGGAUCCUGUGUUUUUGGAAUUCUUGACCUCAAUUUGUCAGAAAACUUUGGAUUGUGUUGACUUCUCGGCUAUGUCAACCAGCCAGCAACAGAGUGGACUUACUCUGAGCCCCAGCAAGUGGGCACGCCGGAGACAUAAACCUCUGGGAAAUCUUCACUCUUUUGUGCAUUUGGUGUCCAUCAUACAACAGGAGGCAAAUGUGCACAUUACUGGUACAGAGAGCCUAGAGUAUCAACAGAAACAAAACUACGCAUCCUUCGUGGUGUUCAUCGCCCAUGGACUGGUUGAGACUUACACCAAGCUGUUCUCCCACAUCACGACCAACACUGUCAUCACAACCACCCUGUCUGUGCUGGCAGAGCCCAUGUCACAGCUGUUUGUGAACAACUCAAAGAGUGGACUCAAGCUUUUUGUUCCCUCUUUCAUGACCAAGCUGGAGAAGCUGUGGCAGGAAGUGUCUCAGUGCAUCACGGGUCGCUACAACGGCCAGUACGACACUGAGUUUCUGGAGUAUGUCUCUCCUCUGCUUGAGACAACUUUCCUACACUCGAAGCGGACCAUCAAGAACCAAACCCUGACCAUGUGGAAUACCACUUUCAGUAAAUCAACAUCUCUGACCUACCCAGAGAAACUGAAGCCUGUGUUGAUGAAGGUCAAGGAGAAGACGAACAUCAUCCUGCCUGGCUGGAUCUCACAAGAGGCCGGUGUGGUGGCGGAAACUCCCUUCAGUGAAAUGAGCAUGGGGGAGUCCCAGCAAGCCCCACCCCCGUGUCUGCCAGGAAUGCCAUCACCGAAGAGACAGAGAGGCAGCAUGCUCCACCGAGACCUGUCUCCGAGUCGAAAGACGUCCCCGUCUGCAAAGUCACCAGCAAAAGCAAUUUCCCCGAAGGAUGCUAAGAAACUCUUUUCAUCCAUGUGGAGCAGAAUGGCUGUCGAUUCCAUGAAAGAAGAGGAGUUUGUUGUGAUCAACUCGCCUGCUACACGGAAAAAGAUGGUUCUGACAGAGCAUCAGAAGGAAGUCAUGAAAGAAAAGCGAAUCUUGCCUGCCAUGUAUAACAACCUGGAGUUGUCUCAAGACGUGUCCUUGAUGUCGCAGUUCGCAGGGGACAACACACAACAAAGUAGCCAGUCAUCUCAAAGUGUCAUAGUCGUGAGUUCAGGGGAUACUCAGGAUAAAGACAAGAACAGCAAGAAUGACCUCGACAUGAGUGAGAAAAGUGAACUGAGUGGUUUCACCGUGCCCAUGGCAACGAGGAGGCGCAAGUCUGUUCGCAUCCAAGAGCUUCAAAGUGUUUCUGAGCCUUCAGAAGGGGACUUGUCUGAGAAAUCAAAUGAAAAGCAUGGGAGUGCUUCAGAGGCAAAAACGAAAGUUGUAACGACCUAUUUAGAGAAGCAAGUCAGUGCUGUGAACAAAACACAGGAUGAGGUUGAUGUCAGAGCUGAAAACUUUUCAGAGGAAGACGUCGUGAAAUCUUCCAUUGAAACUGAUGAAGAUUUAUCGAAGAAUGUUGUGUCAGAAAAAUCAGCAAAUCAAACUGAUGUUUCUGACAGUAGCAUAAACAAUGAUGCUCCUUUUGUUAUGUUUAGAAACAAGGAAAGUCCAGAGUCGAAAUCGAUUAGUCUAAGUCAAGAUUCUGGAAAACCAGAGCUUAGGCGGGUUUCUUUACGCAAAGUUCACAGUCAGAACGACAUGACUGGUUCACAGUCAGCCAAACAGGAAAACGAGACAAACAAGAAGGCACCAAGAAGAGUUCCUCUGAAGAAAAUCAGUGACCACCAGAAUGAGCAGGCGAAGGAUGGAACAGAGAAGUUGCCAACAAAACAAGAGAAAUCUAGUCCAGCCUCUAAUUUGGAUCAGUGGAUUGUGAAAGGAAACCCGACAAAGAGCAGUGACGGCAAAACUUCUGGGGCAGGCGCUGUGAAUAGUCCCAGCUUUGCCCUGGUUGUUGAGAGCGACACGCCCCCUGAUGAAGAGACCGAGGAGACGCACACCCUGGUUGAGGACACACAGUCUCCGUUUAAAUUGUCGGCCAAAAGGCAAAUAGCCAGAGAGCAAGACAAAUCAAUCGCUGAGACUCCUACGAAAAGCGACACUUCGCCCCCUGUAUUAAGAAGUGUGCGCAAACUUUUUGUGGACAAAGUCUCAGGGGAGGAUGAUAAGACAGUUGGGGAAGCGGAAGUUGGAAGUAGUGGGAAACCGCCCUCAUCCGAUGCUGAUCCUGAAGUGACAUCCUCACAGGGGUUUGAAACAAGCCUGAAAGAAACGAAAAAUCAGAAGGAACAAGAUCGUCUCACCGCCUUUGGCUUUUCACUACCUGAGGAGGAGGAGGAUUCUGAAAAAGUUCCUGAGAAGGCUGAUGCUGCUCCUGGUGGUAGCAAGCAAAUUAAUUCGGCUACAGAGAGUGAAAGCUUGUUUCCAUGUACUGGGGAGGAAGUGCAGAAGUUCUCGCUAGAAAUGAUGCCAACUCUUGCUUCUCAGCUUCACAGUGAUGGGAAAGAUUUUGGAUCUCAAAGCCCAAAGUCUUCAUCUGAGGAAAGUGGGAAGGAGUCAAACAAGUCAGGAGAAACAGUAGAUAGAGUGCCCUCCAGUUCAGAGUCAGACUUUAACCCUGUGGUACCUACCAUUGAAGAUGAAAGUGAAAAAGCUGCCCUACCCAAUAGGAGAAAGAAGGCGGUGCCGAAAAAAUACUCUCCUAUGAAACGUCCGAGGCGUGCUACAAGGAACAAGCUGGUUGAGAAAAAAUGCCCGUGCUGUGCAUCUUCUCCUAGACGCUGCAAACACAAGGACAGGAAGCCAGUGACCUCAACUGUCCAAGAGGAAGCUGAUGACGUGUCUCACACCCCCAGCAAACAUCAGCCUUCGUCCACCGAAGAAGAAAAGAGUAAAUCUGGCCAUCAGUCGGAGAACAGCAGCGAAAAGCGAUCUGAUGUCACAAAUUCCAAAGAAGGACCAGAUGGCGAAAUGACGCACUUAAAGCCAAUUGAAUUGUCUCCUGAGGUGGUGGGGGAGGUCACCCCAGACAUGAAAUCUCCUUCCAAUUUCACCCCAUCGAGGCGGCAUAGCUCUGUGAAGAGAUCUCGAAGCUGUGCUGUUACCUCUCAAGAAGUUAAAUCAAAACAGAAAGAUCCUAAAAAGACGUCGCUAGAUUUCAGCAGCUCUUUGAAAAAGGGAGACAAGGUCUCGCCCAUCAAGAAUGCGAUUGUGGAUGAAUAUGCCGAUCUGGAGAUAAAGAAAAGGAAGCUGUCAGGGCCGUCUGCAACAGGAAAUAAGAAGAGAAUUAUUUCUCCACGACAACGGACUGGCCAGCCGAGACAUAUGCUCAGAACACGAGGAAAGAUUGGAAGAAAACUAUCCCCUAGUUCUUCUGCACCUCCUCUAAAGUCGAGGAAGAUUUCUGAACCAAAACAGAGAAAUAAAGGAGGAAUCAAAAUGAGGAAGACGAUAGAAAAAGUGGCAGCUGAAGAGUCGGAUGAAGAUGAAGAUAAUGUUCCUUUAUCCCAGAUUUCUCUCAAAACUGUCAAACAGUGUGAUGUCGAUGAGGUCACAGAUUCUGUUGAUGAAGUCGUUGCGCCCUCUAUUGAGCCGGUAACAGAUGACAUGGAAGAAACUGGGCUGUCGGAGAUUACAGAGGUGAUUACAAGGCAGGAAGAAGAGCAAAAGAUUGAUGACAAUCAGGUUGUGGAUACGGAGAGUGAAUGUAAUCCUCCCUCUCCUUUCAUGGACCACUCGUAUGCUGAUUCGCAAGAUCACAUCCAGCCUGGGCAGCAGAUGUUGUCUCUAGAGAGUGAAAGUUCCGGAGAGGGUGAACCCACGAGCAAGAACUGUGAGCCCAGUGGCUUGGAGGACAUUGCUGAAGAACCAGCAUCCAGCAAUAGAGUUAAUGACACAGAGGACGAAUCUCACUCAGAACCACUGAGAGUUGAUGCACAAUCUGACAUUGCUGAAAUGUCUGAACCUUUAAGUCCCGUGAUUGCAGAUAAGUCAGCAGUGGAUGCCACAAGCAUUCCUGAAAGUGAAGAAAUGCAUGAAGAGAAAAGUAUUCCUUCAUCUGACAGCAUAGAUCAUGUUGAGACAGAUGUUAGUGAAGAAGAUAAAAAACUUCACCAGGGCGAGGAUGCCGAUAUGCCCCAAGAUGUUGUGAAUCAAAAUGAUGCUAAGUCAAACCCUGAAGCAAGUACAACCGAUAACUCUGAAGCAGAUAAUUCUGACAAAGAAAACGCUUCUACAAAAUCUGCAGAUGCCAAAAUGGACACUGAGUCCGAAGCGGAGGCUUCCUGCUGCAAUGACUCGAGCAAAAAGGAAUCCGAAAAGGUUGAUGAAGCAGUCUCGGUUGAAGCGGAGGAGCAACAAAGUAAUGAAGUUACAGGUGAAGCUGCCAGUGCUGCUGCAGGAACUCCGGACACUGAGCGAGUUCUGCUCCACGACUGGUCUCCCUCAAAGUCUCCCAGCAGUAGCAUUCUGAAGAAGUUUGACCAGGGAACGCCACCUUCUAGCAAAUCUCGAAGAGUGUCCUUUGCCGAUCCGGUGGUCAGUGGAAAGAGUCCAGUGAGAGAAAAGUACCAGAGUGAAUCGGCGCAGUCUUCUCCCUUAACCCCAUGCGACAGCCCUGGAAGAAGGUCAUUCAUAAUGAGGAAGAAUCUGGGGCGUCUCUCUGGCUACAAACGCAGAUUAGAGUCAUCUUUGAGAAAGGAUCCCAGCUUGGCCCGGCUUUCCCGCUACAAUCAGAGCCCCAGUGGGUCUCCUCUGUCGCAGUCUCCGUACAGAGCCACCCCUUCCCCACUGUCUCAAUCAUCAUACAGAGCCACCCUAGAGUCACAGCUCGACUCCACAAAACCCAUCUUCCCUGACCUGGUGGACUGCCAGAAAGAUCUUGACAACAUUCUGCCUCAGUUGACUUCAUCUUUAUGGUAUAGAGGCCUGUGCCAGAUGAUGAAAGGCCGGAACCUGAACACUAUCGGUGACCUGUGUGCCCUGACUGAGGUUCAGGUGAACCAGCUGCCCAUCCGGAACCCCAAGGUUGAGACGGUGCGGAUGGUGCUGUCUGGCUUCAUGGCCCAGCACGGCCUCCAAAAGGCGCCUGUUGUAGAAGUUGACAGCGGUUCCCCAGACAGAACUCUUGCUAAAGGGGCCACAAUCGGGGAAGUUGUCACGCCAUCUAGCAUUGCUGAUGAAGGCAUUAAAGUACGGCCAGGUGAUGAUGCCGCAUUGGAGUCAAUUUCCCCCAUCAAAGACGCUGAAGCGAGCCGGUCGUCUCCGCGGAAGAUGCUGGUGUUUGACAUGGACGAGGGCAAUGCCCUGGCUCACCUGAAGGAGCUGGCGGAGCACAAGGACAGCCUGGGCCUGAAGGAGAUGAACAACCGGGAGCUGUUUGAGAUGCACCAGACCCUCAACUCCUUGUUUGGCGUUCUCGUGGAGGAGAUGAAGUCGAGGGAACCCAGCUCGUGAAUCUCGAGUUCGUUGUAGAUUUCUGUAUGUAUAUUAAAUUUUUCCAUGUAUGUAGACCAGUCACUACCUCAGAAUUAUUACAAAGUUCUAUCUGACAUUUUUGGUCAUAAUUUUGAGUUACUAAGACCAUGAGGUCAGAUACCAAAUGUUCUGUUUGCUCUAUCAAAAUCAUAAGAUCGUUCCGAGUUGUUAUCUGCACAUUUAAAGAAUUGCAUUCGAAAAAGCUUGACAUGUUGUAAAGUUGUAAGACUCAGAGUUUUGUACACCAAAUUUCUCAAAACUAGGUGCUGGGCAGAUAGAACUUUGUAAGUGCUGGGGUAGCAAUUGGUAGCAAAGUUUGCUGGUGUAUUGGUUAAGCUCUUGACCUUUGCACACAGGAGAUGUAGAUUCAAUUCCUGAGUAGGUAAGGUAUUGUAUCGAGUGUCCAUUUGUCUGCUGUGGUGUUGAACCACCACACUGCUCAAGUUGGCCUUGAUGAUAGGCAGGGCUGAAGCAGCUUGCCCCCUUAAUUGUGUUGAAGGAAGCGUUGAAUAUUUAGAAUGAGUCUUUUGUUUAGAAUAUGAAAUCAAGACCACCUUGCCCAUAUUUAUGGUUUUUAAAAGCAAUUUAUUUUACCUGUCCAAACUGGUCU